GGUGUUAUAUUUUUCCGGUCCACAAUUAUAGUUUCUUUAUUGGCUUUCAAUGCAGCUGUUGUUGUUAAAGCGCAUGAAGCUUUUUCAUUUUUAAUGUCUCGAAAAGAAAGUGAGUCCUUUUGAUCUACCUAACUUUGUUACUGUGCCUGUCUCAUUGAGUGUACCCUCAUUUCCACGUCGACACCACACACUCCCCCCCCACCUCAAAGCGACCCGUCGCGGGAAUUCAAUUCGCUCGAGAUACCCCCCAGCAGCAGGCCAGCCAAGCUGCCUUAUAGAAGAUGGCAUCGCUAUUAGCGAGCAACUUUUGUAAGUCUGUCUGUCUCUCCACUUAUCUUAUAGUUGGUUUUUUUUUUCUAUUUUUCAAAUCUCUUUUUGUCUUUUUGAAAACAUAGAAAUAAAAAAUGGCUUUGACGUCAUCACUCUUUCGUUCGCCAUUGGCAAAAUACACCACGGUACUUUCUCAGCCCAUCCGUCUUCAAUCGACGUUCAGAGGGAGAAGCAACAAUGCACGAGCAUUGAUUCCCACCUGGAAUGACUAUUUCAAACUUCGUAAAAAGAGACGUAUGUAUGAAGUUGCUUCCUACUUGCCCAGUACCGUUGUACCUGCCGCUGGUACUGCCUCUUAUUUCUUUCAAAUGCAAAUCGAUCCGUUCACAAAGAUUCUCGGCAUGGAUCCGAUUAUGGCAGCAGCCGUUGCUACCAUUUCAGCCGGCUUUGGUGGAUUCUUAUUGGGGCCUGUUGUAGGCAACACAUUAUUCAAAUUAAUGAACAGAAGACAUGGAACAGCUAUGGACCUACGUGAUAAAGAGUUUUAUAACCAUAUCAAAAAGAAUCGUGCUGAUGCUCGACUCAACUCGGUUCGUAACCCGGUGCCCGAUUAUUAUGGCGAGAAAAUUCAGUCUGUGCAUGAUUAUAGAGCUUGGUUAAGAAAGCAGCGUGAAUUUUAUAGAAAGGGUGUAUUUGGGGGUGACAUGAAGGGUUUGGAAGACUAGAGAAAUUUCGCAAAACGUGAUCGUGGAUGGAUACUACGACAAAACAGAGUUGUAUGAAUAACCCAGAGAGAAUGUAUCGCACUCCUCCUUCACCGCCACCACCACUGCCACCACCGCCCGCCACCCACACCACUACUAUCAGUACCUUCUGCACGAUCAUUCAAUACCUGAUCCCAUCCAUGUGACUUAUUCGCUAUAAAAAGAAUAAAAAAAAAACCAUGAUAACCAUGUCGUGCGAGUAGGAUA